CCGGCGAUGGUAGUAGCGGCGAUGAUGAUGGUAGUGGUGACCGUGCGGUAGUAUCGCCGUGUUGUGUGUGCCUGCUCUGUGUGUUGCUGCUGCUCGUGUAUCGUCGUAGCCGUCGUCGUGUCGCCGCUACGCGGUGGGGAUAAGGAGACCCCGUGGAAUCGCGCGCCAGCCGAUUACAUUUCUCUGCGUAUGUCGCUCGGCAAUGACUAACUGCGCGCGGCCGUAUGCAUUAGCGAGAGAGAUAUCGCCGUCAACGGUGCCGUUUUCGAGCCUGUUGUCAUUGCCGUCGUCGCUUCACUACGUCAGCACCGGUCAGACGGGAUUUGCAUAGCAAACAGAUUGACGCGCUCGUAAUAAGUGGAUAACGAGAGAAGACAAGUCGCGCCGCGCGCUCUCUUGGUGCGUGUAUCGAUAUAUUACAGUGCCCGACCGCCCGCACGGUUCUCUCGUUCUGUGCGUGCAUUAUCUCUGUGUACGUGUAUAUAUAUAUAUAUAUAUACAUAUAUUAUAUAUGUGUGCGUGUGUGUGGAUAAGUGCGUGAAUAUCGCUUCGCGAGAGAGAGAAAGAGAGGGGAAGACAAGAUAGAGGAUACGGAGCUUAAAAUAGAAGAGAUGACUUCGGCUUAAGUACGCGGCGGGAGGACAAGCGAGUGAAGCGAAUCGGCAAUUCUUCCCCGCGCGUUAUAUGUUUCUGUGAUACGUUCGAAUUCUAAGUUCUUCUUCGCGGGUGUGAGAGAAGAAAAAAAAAACAAGCAUAUAUAUUUUCAUCAUCACACCUGGGAACCGCAGUUGUUCGCGGAACGGAUUCUUACUUUCAAAAAACCGAAGCAUAACGAGGAUAUAUACAUUUACGAAAUAUACACGCGCGCGUGUAUCAUCUCGCAGUGGAGUGCGCAUUCUGUGAUAAAUCUGCAUAGUGGAUACUAUAGUGGCGGAGAGAAAGAAAGAGAGAGAGAGAGAGAGAGAGAGUGAGUGAUUGUGUGUCUUUUCCGCGACUGUUCUUUCUGUUUUCUUUUUUUGUUUUUUUUUCCUACGGCCGUAUCUGUCGGAAAAGGAGAAGGGUUCGUCGAUCCUCGGAGGCAGGCAGAGUGAUCGCGGCGGCGAGCAGGCGAGAGACGAGCGCUCGUCGGAGAGGAGGCGUCGUCUCGCUCUCUGUCCCACGCGAUGGAUCGUGACUCGCGUUCGUAUUCCUGCGGAGGCUGCGAGAGGACCGCUGCCGAGGGCCGAGCUAUGCCGAUGGAGUAACAAGUGAGCGGCGAAGCGGCGUUGCCAUGACGACAGAGACCCACACCGUGGCGAUGACAGACCCACAGCUGACCAACAAUAACAACAACAACAAUAACAACAAUAACGAUGGCGAACCAAAAUAUUUGCACAAGAAGUUUAAAAAGAUGGCGACGACCGAGGUCACGUCGAAGGUCGUCGAGCCCAAGAAGGAGGCCACGGCGAACAACGUCGUCCCUAUCGAGACACCCAAGAGAAAGGACGCUGAGAAGGACAGCAAGGAGCCUUCAAAAGAGCCUGGCAGCAAGCUCGAGACUUCUCCGGAACCCGUGGCAACCGAGCCCACCGUCGAGUCCAGGAAGGCCGCUAAUAUUUGUCCGUACUGCAAGCUGGUCUGCGCGAAACCGAGCGUACUUCAGAAGCACAUCAGGGCGCACACAAACGAGCGACCUUAUCCGUGCUUACCGUGCGGUUUUGCCUUCAAAACUAAGUCAAACUUGUACAAGCAUCGCAGAUCACGCUCUCACGCACAUAAGAUGGAGAAAGGCGACAAGGUAUCGGAAGAUUCCGACAUAAGUCUAUCGGACAGUGCUAGCAAUGGCACUGGUACACCACCGCCGCCUCCCGCGUCGACGCCCACGACGACGACAACGACGGUAUCAACCGCUGCAUUGAAGACCGUGAAGACUGGUAAGAUCUACAAACCGAAGUUCCAAGCUCGAACGGCUCUGCAGUGUCUGAACGACACCGAAUCGUCUUCCUUAUCUCCGAGUUCUUCCAGUAGUUCUUCUUCUUCCUCCUCCUCUUCUCCCUCCACUACUACGUCUGCUUCCAAUUCCGUCAAACCAAACGCGGAACAGCUGCAGGAACACAUCGACAAGAUCAUCACGGACAAUCAGGCGAUCGUCGAGGCUGUGGAUCCGCGUUUGCACAAACUGAUGCAACGUCAGCAGAGUCUGGUGGAGACAAAGCAGUCGAUCGAGCAUCAACCGUUGAACUUGUCUUCUGUAGAGCAGAGCUGCUCUCCGAGCAGCAGGAAACGUUGCUACAGCGACAGUUGCGCCCAAGAAGCGAAAGAGGAUACGCCAACUUCUGAAGGUUCGAUCAUCAAGGAUCUCCUCCUGAAGACUCGCGGUGUUGUAACGAACGGGCCGGAGACUGUGGAGAACUUUCUCUGUCCCAGUUGUAAUAUUCCUUACACUAGCAUCGACAACUUGGAGACACAUCGUAGAUACUAUUGUAAGGGCGUCGGCAGCCCUCGAAAAGGAACCGACUAUCAGACUGAGUUGGAAAAACGUGAUUCUGACUUCGACUCUAGGUCUUCCGACUAUUACAGCACCUUGCAGCCAUUACCCUCGCCGGGUCCUCUGCUAGGCAACACUAGACUAGUCGACGCGUACGCGCCGGUCCUCAAGAAACCAAGAACAGAUCUCGUUCCCACAAGCUUGAGAUCAUUGGAAGAGCUCAGCAAGUAUCCACGUCCAAACUCGCUACAGAUGUUCGGUGGCGAGGUGAGGAUACUUGACAAUACAGGUGAGACGAAAACGAUGAGGAUCGAGCCGCGGCAAAACAAUUCGCCUACUAACGAGCAUCUGAGUAACGGCAAAUGCAUAACUACGGAAACAUCGGUCGUGGUGAGGUCUGGACUACAUUCGGGUGGUACAAUGGUGCAUAAACCGUCGACACCAGCGUCGGCCAGUACAUCUAGCUCUUCCAUAUCCUUACCCAAUACGCCUAAGUUGUUGGCGCCCAUCAUACCGAACAUAUCAACCCCGAAUAUAACGCCUAACUGCUAUAACCUGUUGGAACCUCCCAUUCUCAACCCGCUGCCGAGCAUCACUGCCUACAAUCCGUUGACACUGCGACAGGCGGGAGUCACUAGUAUUCUCCACGGCGGUAAAGUAAUACCUUAUGUACCUGGUAUGCCCGGACCGCACACGCUGACCGGUACAACCAUAGACAUAUCUCCGAGUAUAACAGCCGGCGAAGCCAAUUACAAGGUAAUACCGGGUGUACCGGGUCUGCACAUGGUACCUCAGCCGCUAGAUCUGGCUAGUCCGGUGAAGGUGCAACCUAGUACGGUGCCCGGCAUGCCGGGUCCGUUGUCUGGACAUGCUUCCUCCAUGCUGGACCAGCCUCUGGACUUGGCUAGUCCGGCGAAGGAGACGGCAAAAAUCAGUUUCAAAACUCCGAACAGCGACAGUCUGAAGAGCGGCUUGACCAGUCCUAAAGUUCCUAGUGUCAAGGUCGAGACAUCGACGGACAAGUAUCGUGCGAGGAUGCCGUCGACGCCUACCGGUGGAGAGAUCGGCAAGGCAGAGCUUGAUCGUCAUAUCAAGAAUAAUGUGAAAUACAAAAACCUAGAAAGCCCGCGCGAGAGAAGAGAAUUUACAUAUGACAAGAGCCCAAAGUUGGAUAGAACGUUUAGUUAUCCAAACGGCAUGGAUCCGACGACUUCUUCUUAUAGCAAACUGAGAUACUCACCGAAAAACAUUUCAGAAAGUAGGAAGAGGCCGUCCAAUUGGGGUGUCAGCGAGAUAGACGCCGGCAGGGCAGCGCCAGUAGACACGCAUGUUGCAAUCUCCAAAUACGAUCUAUCUCCUCACGAAAACGGUCGAUUGAAGAGUAGCAUCGCUUUAGACGAACGUGGAUGGGCGAAGAACGCGGACGGAUAUUCAUUUAACGGGGCCAAGGUAAAGGCCGAUAACGCGCCGUCAGUGAUACUAGUAAAUCUAGAUUCUUCCAAAACAGAAGUGCCAACAAAAACUUCCGUAGAAUUAGUUGUUAAGGACAAACAGCCUGAGGCCAAAUCGCCGAAAAAUAGCGGCGAUAUCGCUAAGGAAGCGACUAACUCUAAAAAGUUCUUAAGGCCCACAUCGUUGCCACUGAAGCCCGGUACGUUUACAGCAAAAAUGCAUCACGGGAUCACACCAACGGCUAACACGCUCCCUCUCAUCAGUCCCGAAACUCCGCGACCUAAGAAGUCGUACGGUCAGUUGUAUCUGAACGGGCACGCCUACACAUAUCUGGGACUUAAGUGUUCCACCAGACUGUUCUAUUGCACUUUAAAUCGACCGCAGCCGAUGUACGUUACGCAGCAACACGGUUUGUCGAUGUACUCCAAUUGGAAGGUAUGUAAGGAGACACCGCCAGACGUGGACAUGGCGCACUACGACUCGCGGCACAGGCCUCUCGGUUACACUACCGCGUGGAAAAAGCAAGAAGAUAUUCUGACACAUUCUUCACAAAGACCAACCACCCCUGUCAGUCCGGAUAGCGGAUUGGAAAAUGACAUGCAAGAGAAAGCUAAGAGAGUGAAGAUAUGUGACGGAGGCUUCGAGAGCAAUGAAGAUUAUACGUAUGUGCGCGGAAGAGGUCGGGGACGAUAUGUAUGCCAAGAAUGCGGAAUUCGUUGUAAAAAACCAUCUAUGUUGAAGAAACAUAUCAGAACCCAUACAGACGUUAGACCAUACACAUGCAAGCAUUGUGCAUUUAGUUUCAAAACGAAGGGCAACCUUACGAAGCAUAUGAAGUCCAAGGCACACUAUAAGAAGUGCGUGGAAUUAGGCGUGGUACCAGUUCCCACAACGGUUUGCGAUGAAAAUAUUGACAAGGAAGCUAUUGCACGACUAGCCGCGACUGGAGGGGGCAAUGUCGAGGAAUCUUCGGAAGAAGAAGAGGAGAGUGAAGGUGAGGAAAGUGAAGAGUCUGGCAACGAAGAACAAGAAGCGGCUCAAAGCCUGUUGAGUCUUUCGCAACGUAACACGACCAACACAAUACCGGGUCUGCUGCCGUCUGGUAGACCCACGACGUAUCCGUACGCGUCGUCGACUUUAUCGACUACUACCAUAGCGAGCGUCGUGUCUACUGUGGCGAGUACAUCGGUCGUGAGCAGUCAAAACGUCACUGCGCAAGGAACGGCUCCCGUCCAAAACGAGGUACCACAACGUUAUUACUUUCCGUCGACUCGAAAUUCGACAGAAGAACCGAGAAUCAGCGUGAUCCAAUCGUCAAAGAAGGACGAUGCUGACUUCGAGGUCGAAGAAGUCAUCGAUGCUUCAUCUGAAUCACCUCAUCAGUUAUCUCAACCUAUAGAUCUCACGUUAAAACAGACAACGCAAUUGCUACCCUCGCCGAUUCCGCAAAGAGCUAGACCUGCAGAUAUUCUGACUCCUGUUUCGGAACCGGUCCUGUUGCAAACGAUAGUUCAGACGAUGGAACGAUUGCCUAUACAAGGUAGAGAAUGGAAGCCGGACGCGGAAGGUCACAUGUUGCAAGCGUAUCUCACGGAGAGACACGUAAUGGACAGCAAAAUCAAACAGCAGUAUCGUGUAGGAAAUACUAAAAUGGACAACAAGCAGGUACAAGAAAGAGAGACUUAUCCGCGGCAUCAGGAUCUUGGUAGAUCUAGACACGUAGAUUGCAACGGCGUCCCAACAGUGACGUACACCGAUCCUAGUAAGAUGCAGCACACUAUUAUGGAAUCUAGGAUUAAACAUAUGACAAAGCAUACAAGUGACGACAUCAAAAUGGAGAUCAGAGAGAAGAUUUAUCAAAACAACAUGGCGAUGGAAAGACGAGCGUUCGACUAUGAAAAUAUUCACAAAGAUAAAGAGCAAUCCAAUCAUCUGGUUUCUAAUCGUGAAAAUUUUGAGCAACACAAUUUAACUAACGAUCUUGCUGGUAUAAGAUCGAAUAUCGAAUACAAUUUGCCAGUAACUAAGAACAACAGUUCCGUAGAGAGAUCGGUUUAUUCUGGUGACGCAUCUCAUCGCAAUACACCGGUGAUCGAGCGACAUUCACCAAAAUCCUUGAAUAUGGACGUUAAUCGACCGCCGUUGAUGCACGUGAACAACGACAUUGACAGAAAUCCCAUGUUCGCGAUGAAGAUGAUGAGUGAAAUAGAAAGACCCAGAGAAUGCCACCCUGUUACCCAAGAAAUGAGAUCCGCGAAUCACGAAUUAAGAGCCGUAAAUAGCGACAUGCGAAUACAGAAUCAUAGUCCGCGAAAUCUCGAUUUGAGACCGCCCAGUAGGGAGAUUAGAACGCCCGGUCAGGAAUACAAAACGCCAAAUCAGGAUUUGAGACUACCGAGUCAGCAGGAGUACAAGAUGGAGUACAAAAUGCGCGGACAGGAAAUGAGACCACCUAGCCGUGAAUAUCUGGCGGCAUACAACGCUCACGAUAUGCAAGUUAUUCAGGAGCUUAUGCCGUCGACAAAUAUGGAAAUGCGACAAACAAAUUCAGAUAAUAGACCGCCAAGCAGUGACAUAAGAGUUCUCUCGGAAUACAGAACGCAAUCUUCAGAUCAUCGUGCAAACUACGAGGUAAUACAACCAUCCAUGCACGAAUCUGGCAAACCGCAAAACGUCGAUGCGAGAAAUACUCAAGAGAUACGAAUUGUCUACUACGAUACGAAACACAAUGCGGAGAAACAAAAUAUACCGGACAGUAUAAAACACACGGUAGCUAGAAAAAUAGUUGUCGGGCCGGAUUUUCGAUCGCCUUCGCCGAAUAUGGGAAACCCGAAGCCGCAAGCAGAAUUUUUACAACCGUCGAGCGGACCGCCGCCUAACUACGUUAGUAUUACAGAAGAUGGGAGAAGUAUAUGUGCAAUUUGUAACAAGAUAUUCAACAAGCCUAGUCAGUUACGAUUGCAUAUCAACAUUCAUUAUUUUGAACGGCCGUUCAGAUGUGAAAGUUGCGCAGUUUCCUUCCGGACGAAAGGUCACUUAACAAAACACGAGAGAUCUGUAUCCCAUCACAAUAAGGUCAGUAUGACUUCUACAUUUGGUGCGGCGACUACUAGCAAUCCCAGGCCAUUCAAAUGUACGGAUUGUAAAGUGGCAUUCAGAAUACACGGCCAUUUGGCCAAGCAUCUUCGUAGCAAGAUGCACAUAAUGAAGUUGGAGUGCUUGGGCAAGCUGCCAUUUGGAACAUACGCGGAGAUGGAAAGGUCGGGUGUCAAUUUGAACGAUAUUGACACUACGGACUGUGAUAAUAGUCUUAAUAGUUUGAAGAUGUUAGCUCAAAGAUUGUGCGAGAAGGAUCCCGCUAAGGUCGCGCAGUGGGACACGGAAACUCUGCCUGGACCGGUCGUAAGCGGCAGCGAAACCUCAUCGGACGAGGGCGAACCUAUAUCGCAGCACGCAUUUCACGCGCAGUACAUGAAAGCGACGGACGCGGACGUCUCUCGAUCAUAUCACGUGCCAAUCGCUACCGAGGAAACGAAAGCCGUCAACGACGUUCGCCUCCGCAGUCCCCAGUUCGGUCAACAGAGACGCGUUUUCCCUGUUAAAGAGCAGCGACCGAUGCCGGCUGUUGUUUCGACGGAAGACACAAGAGCGGAAGACAAUUUACAAUCAUACAAGUGCCAAGUUUGCCAUGUAUCUAUGCGUACUGUAAACGAGUUACAGGUACACUGUUUUGUUGAACAUAACAUUGAAACAGAGUCUAGUACAAAUAUUCACGGGGAUAGGAGCACGGGUAAAUGUAGUAGAGAUAAAGAGAAUACUCAGAAACCAAGUGCGGAAGAAUCCGUGGUUAGGGAGGAUCAUAAGAGGCAGAAGAUGGAAGACACGUAGUGCCAAAACUAUGUAGCAUGCUAAACAAGUUUCUGAAUGGUGUUUGCCAUAUUACUUAGAGAAAUCGCAGAUAUAAUUUAUUAUUCUAUAUAUAAGAUAUAUAUAUAUAUAUAUAUAUAUAUAUAUAUCACACACACAGAUAAUCUAAAGUUUCGAUUAUUUCUUAAAAAUAUACUAUCUCGGUAGAGAGAUGAUACGAUAGAAUAUGACGCGUGUAGCGCUUUGAAAAAAAUCUCUUAAAAGUUACACAAAUUUAUUUUAAAUAUUUGCAAAGUUAAACGUCGCAUGCAAAGCGUGUUUACUUUUUUUGUAGUUAUUAUUAUAACUUUUACUUUUUUUUGUAGUUAUUAUAACUUUGUUA